UUUUUUCCUUUUUUCUUUUCCCCUUUCUUUUUCUUUCUGUUCCCUCCCUGUUUUCUUUUUUUCUUCUUCCUUUCUUUCUCUUUCUUUCUUUCUCUUGAUUUGCUUUUGCUUUAAGGUGAGGAAAGAGACAAACAGGAGACAGGAAGCUGAUCUGCAAGGAUUCGGAGUUAUGCUGAAAGGACUUUGAUUUUUUUUUUUUUUCUUUCCCCCUUUUACAAACGCUGGCAAUUGACAUCAAUACAGACAGCCUGGUAGAGAACAAACUGCCUCAUCCCAAGUGGACCCCGGCAGCUGGGAGAAGGCAGACAAGAUCUGGGGAAGCUGUGUGUGGGGUUUGAUUUUUCCCACCGAUCCCCAUCUCCUUUUAUUUUUUAUUUUUUUUCUCCUUUGGUGUGUUUCUUUUUUAUAUUCUUGCUGUGUUGGAACUAGCGAGUGGUGGAAGACGAGGAAUCUCCGAAGCCUCAUCAGUCAUCGGGACUGUCAGGAAUAGUGGUUUAAGAGGAAGCUCGGCCUGGGGCACUAUACCCUGUCAUCCAGUUCCCUGCCUCGGAGAUAAAGAUUCCAGCUACAUGGGCAAACGCCUGGAUCAGCCACAAAUGUACCCCCAGUACACUUACUACUAUCCUCAUUAUCUCCAAACCAAGCAGUCCUAUGCACCAGCUCCCCACCCCAUGGCUCCUCCCAGCCCCAGCACAAACAGCAGCAGCAACAACAGCAGCAACAACAGCAGCGGGGAACAGUUGAGUAAAACCAACCUGUACAUUCGAGGCCUCCCACCAGGCACCACUGACCAGGACCUAAUCAAGCUGUGCCAACCGUAUGGAAAAAUUGUAUCGACAAAGGCAAUUCUUGACAAGAACACAAAUCAGUGCAAAGGUUACGGUUUUGUGGAUUUUGACAGUCCAGCAGCUGCCCAGAAAGCGGUAGCGUCUCUCAAGGCAAAUGGGGUGCAGGCACAGAUGGCCAAGCAACAAGAGCAAGACCCAACAAACCUAUACAUCUCAAAUCUCCCCAUUUCCAUGGAUGAGCAGGAACUUGAGAAUAUGCUGAAACCCUUUGGACACGUCAUUUCUACAAGAAUACUAAGAGAUGCUAACGGAGUCAGCCGAGGCGUUGGCUUUGCCAGAAUGGAGUCUACUGAAAAAUGUGAAGUGGUAAUUCAACAUUUUAAUGGAAAAUAUCUGAAAACACCACCUGGCAUCCCAGCCCCUAGUGAGCCUUUACUGUGCAAAUUCGCUGAUGGAGGACAAAAGAAGAGACAGAAUCAAAGCAAAUACACCCAGAAUGGAAGGCCUUGGCCCAGGGAAGGAGAGGCUGGCAUGGCUCUGACCUAUGACCCCACAGCUGCCAUACAAAAUGGAUUUUAUUCUUCACCGUACAGUAUUGCAACCAACCGCAUGAUUCCACAGACAUCUAUCACGCCAUUCAUUGCUGCUUCCCCUGUCUCCACAUACCAGGUCCAGAGUACUUCAUGGAUGCCUCAUCCGCCAUACGUUAUGCAACCAACAGGUGCUGUGAUUACGCCGACAAUGGACCAUCCAAUGUCAAUGCAGCCAGCAAACAUGAUGGGCCCCCUGACACAACAGAUGAACCAUCUUUCGUUGGGCACAACAGGAACGAUUCAGUCCCAAGACAGGAUUAUGAUACUCCACCAGCUGUUGUGUCAGUAUAUGACUGCUGCUGCUCCUAUGCAAGGGACCUACAUUCCCCAGUACACGCCUGUGCCUCCGACAGCUGUUUCCAUUGAAGGUGUUGUUGCUGAUACCUCUCCCCAGACAGUGGCACCUUCAUCCCAGGACACCAGUGGUCAGCAGCAACAGAUAGCAGUGGACACAUCCAACGAACAUGCAUCUGCAUAUUCUUACCAACAGUCUAAGUAGCAAUGAGAUUACUUGAAGGAUCAAACCAUAAACAAGACUGAAGAAUGUCCGUCUGAAACUUUGCCUUGAAUGAAGAGACUUCAUUGAACAAGAAGUUGGCUUCCAGUUUGCACAGGCGUCAAUGGAAUGCUUUUUUCUUUUUUAAUUUUGUACUUUACCCAAUGAAAACAAAGCGUUUUGUGUGCUGUGCAAAUGGGUCCUUCAUGUGGUCUGACAGUUUAUUUUUUUGCCAUUUUUUAAAGUAAAAAAAAAAAAAUCCCAGAAGAGGAAAAACAAUAAAAACAAAACAUGGAAGGCUGACAUUUGAUCUGGAAGAACAUUUGAAGUCAGAAUUGACCUGAAGGUGUAGAUAGAUUUUUUUUCUUUUUAACAGAAAAUCGGAUGUCAAGAGGUGGGCAAGCAGAAAUGGAAAGAAAUUGUCUUCCUCGGUAAUUAAGCUACUCUUUUAUUUUUUUUUCCUUCUUGUUUAAAUGUGGGUUGUUUUUUAAUUUUCUUAGAAAUAUUUAGGUAAGGUUUAUCUUGAAUCUUAAUUGCCUUAAUUUUAAGGACGUCAAAGGCUCUCGAGGCAAGCUGUCAACGUCUUGUUAAAAAAAAUCAAGAAAGAAUUGAAAUAUUGUGCCAGCUUUAACUGGUACAGAAGCUUAAGACUCUGAGUUUUUAGGGUGAAAAAACUGUACAGUUUAAAAGAAAAUGUUUUUCUUCAUUUGAAGAAAAUUUGUUGAUAAAAGAAACCAUGGCAACUGCGAGAAAUGGAAAAAUGCUGGGACUUUUCAUGAACUUUGUCUUAAGUGUUGACCCAUUCUAGAAGGCUAAAACAUUUUAUGGUAAAGUUAUUAAGGUUGGUUUAAAAAACAACUGCAUUAGAAAUAAUGCGUGUUUGGGGGGCAGAAUGCAGAUUUUUUUAAUUUACAAAGCGUGAUUGCUAGCAAAAGCAUUAGUGCUUUUUAUCUGCAGUCUUUUUUAUGAGCUUUACAAAGUUUUUAGUCAGCUUUGCUUGUCACAUUGCAAAACCUAGCUUAAGAGCAUUUAAAAAAAAACAACACAAAAAAAACUUAAGUAGAUAGGAGCUUAUGGUCAAAAGUGCAAAACAAAACAAAAACAAAAAAACAAAAAAAAGCAAUAGAUAGAGAAAUUGUUGACAAUUUCUGUAGUCUUUCCUAGUUGUGAUCAAAUUCAGCCUAUGGAUGGCCUAUUUUAUACCAAAGAUGAAGUGGCACCCUAUUGCAGUCCAGAAGAUAGAGGUCGUUUUUCUUUACUUUUCGUUAAAAAAUUUUAUUUGACCUACAUGGCCGGACCAGUUCUUACUUUGUUGUGUUUAAACUACCUUCCACUGGUGUUUUACAUACUGCAAAAAAAAUUUAUUUUUAACAUUUGUUGUUAGUAGAAGCUUGCACCUGCUGUGUUCAGCAGUUUCAGCAUGAAGAGUUCUGGAUACCAACUGAUAGAGCCAAAUGGCUUUCAAUUCCAUGAGCUUUUCCAGUUCCUUGCUAGCUCCCUUGAAUAGUGAAACCUAUACGGAUGGCCACCAGUAAGCGAAGACACUUGAACGGGUUGAAAUUUCUUUUUGUGAAUUUUGAACGAAAGACACUUUCUGAACCUGGUCUGAAGGGUCACUUGUCCAAAAAAAAAAAAAAAAAAAGCAUAGUGAUAUUCUGUUAAGUGGUGAGUGGUCUCCUGAAAGGUCUCAUUGUAUUAGUAACAAUAGUCUUCCUUCUCAAUUCCAACACCUCUUGAUUUUGUCUUUGCACCUUAGUCUUUGUCAUCAUCCACAAUGAAUAAGCACCUUGAUUCUGCAGUGGGGAAGGAAUAUCUUCUUUUUGCCUUUUUUUCAUUAUAUUUUCAUAUCUUGGUGUUGUCAGAAGACAGACAAAAUAGACCUUUCUAUUUCAGUUUAACUCUCUGAGACAAGUAGGACCAAUAAGAUUGAGGAUUCUAUUAGUGGAAUUUAGGUAAGCUUUUAAAAUGCUAGUUGACAAUCAAGAAAUUAUGAUUUAUAUUAAUAAGAACCAAAACAAUUGGGUUUGAUCAAUCAUUAAAGCCAAAGGAGAUAUAUUUGCAUUGAGACUGAUGCAAAGCUUUCUCUAAAGUGAAUUAAAUUGAAACAAACAUCCCUGCAUAUUUGGUUCAUGAAAUCCAUAUUCAACCUGUACUGUUUUACCUGAAACUAAGGACAAUGAAACUUUGUUAAUUGGACCAUGCCCUAGAAUUGCUUUUUGAAUGAAUCAUUAGAAUUUAAGUGAAACUCUUUUCACAAACUAAGUCAUAGGAACCUGUCUUAGUCCAGAAGAAGAGGGAAAUGCAUUAAGUGCACUGUAAAAGAAAGCAGAGUUGGCUUUUAAAAACUAUUAAAAGAUAAAUCUUUUUUCCAUUA